CGUGAACCAACGAGUAGAGGUAACGAGAAAAAACUAAAACGAGAGAAUGCCUGAGGAACGUAAGAUUGAAGAUGUCGUGUGGAGCAUCAAGAACGGGGCCCACGAUGAGGUAGAGUCUCUUUUCGUCAACCACAACUACGACGUCAAUGCCGAAUUGGGUAUGCGCUAUCCCAUACACUAUGCCGCCGACUUUGGCCACCUGAAGAUGCUGCAGUUCUUCGUCGGCAUGGGGGCCGAUGUGGACCGGAAGGACAAGUACGGCAUCACGCCGCUGCUGGCUGCCAUCUGGGAGGGGCACACCAGCUGCGUGGAGUGUCUGCUCAAGAUGGGCGCCAAUCGCAAGUUGCUGACGCCCAAUGGCGAGACCUACAUGGACGUCGCCGAGAAGGAAGAGAUCAAGAAGCUUCUGCUGCACACGAAAAUGGAUCCAAAACCCUAA